AUGGUGAUAUCUCGGGCCAAUGGCAACAAGACACUUGGUGCUAUUCACACUGCAGCUCUUCUUGAAAAGCAAAUAGGCCUCAGUGAAAGUGCUAACUACUUUUCUAAAUUUUCAAAAGCUCCAGUGAUAUGCAAAUUAGUUGGAAGAAAAGUUCUUGAUGGAGUUGGUCAGCCAACAUUAGAAGUGGAAAUAUACUGUACAGUUAAAAACUAUGAGAAGAGGAUUUGUUCCACUGUAAUGUCUUCUCAUUCUCAAAUACCUGAAAAUGCUUUACCUGAAAAAACUGAAGCUGAUGAGAAAGAAAGAAGUGACUCUGUUAACACUGCUGUGGAAUGGGUGAAUGAAUCACUGAACAUGAUGUUAAGAGACUUGAAGCCUACUGACCAGUGUACAGUUGAUAAGAUGCUUGGUGAAUACUUUACAAAAAAGGUAGAAGAAAAAAAAGGAAUUCAAAAGCAAGAAGAAGAAGAAGCAGAAGCCACUCUUGCCCUUACGUCAUGCAAUCCAUCAGCAACAGCACUACCUGGGAAAAAAAAAGCAGCAAACCCAGGGAAGAAGGUGGCAGUUGCAGAGAGAACAAUCCCACCUGCAGAACCUGUUGAAUCAGUGCUUUGUGGCAGCUUAGCCAUUGGGGGAGCAUCACUUGCUAUAGCUAAGGCUGGUGCCACCAUUAGCCGUAUCCCAUUGUACUUACAUAUUGCACUGCUGAAAUGUAAUCAGGAUUCACCUAAAGAAAUUACUCUGCCACUCCCAAUGGUUACUCUGUUGAACUGUGAAAAAAUUUCACCUUCAAAACUGAAAUUAGUGAAAGAAGUUAUGCUUAUACCACCAGUUCAGUUAUCACUCAAACAGGGCAUAGAAAGAGUUCUGGAUAUUCAGAAGGAAAUGAUGAGACUGUUGGAGCCUCCAGGCAAAGCGGAUUCACCUAAAGAAAUUACUCUGCCACUCCCAAUGGUUACUCUGUUGAACUGUGAAAAAAUUUCACCUUCAAAACUGAAAUUAGUGAAAGAAGUUAUGCUUAUACCACCAGUUCAGUUAUCACUCAAACAGGGCAUAGAAAGAGUUCUGGAUAUUCAGAAGGAAAUGAUGAGACUGUUGGAGCCUCCAGGCAAAGCGCCCAGUCCUCAACUAGCAGAUAGUAAGAAAGGCAGAGCACAUAAUACCGGGAAGAAAGCUCCGCCACAAGCCUUAAAAAGAAUAUCACAUUUAGGUUGCCUAAUAACAGGAUGCGAUAAUCUAGAACAACCGCUACUCCUAAUGCAAACAGCUUGCAACAAUGUAGGUCUGGAGCUAGGAACAGACAUGCACUUAGCAAUAAAUUGUGCUGCUCAUGAAUUAAUGGAUUACGUUAAAGGAAAAUAUGAAAUACUCACUGGAACAUUCAAAAGACCUGAUGAAAUGGUUGACAUGUAUGUGGAACUGAUUAAUAAAUUUCCUUUUAUUAUUGCAUUAAUAGAUCCCUUAAGAAAAGAGGACAGACAACAAUGGAAUCACAUAUGUUGUGCUCUUGGUUCCAAGUGUUACCUGAUUGCUGAAGAUGCUGCCACGUAUAUUUCCAAACUUAAAAUUGACCAAAACAUAAACAUACCAACAUGCAGUGGUGUUGUCCUAAAAUACAUUAACCAAACCAGGGUAUCAGACCUCAUAGAACUUACUGGACUUCUAGACGGUCAAAGACAUAUUACCAUAUUAGGAAGUCCAGAUGGAGAAUCUUCUGAUGAUAGCCUUGUGGAUCUGGCUGUUGGACUGGGUGCCAGGUUUAUCAAGUUGGGAGGUCUUUCCCGCGGAGAAAGGGUGACCAAAUACAACCGCCUUCUUGCUAUAGAGGAAGAACUGGCCAAGAAUAGAACGCUACGUGAAGCAAAUCUUGAAUUUACUGCUUUUGCUGAAGAAUCACAGCCAGAAAAACAACUUUCUGAUGUACUUCCUCCCCCAAAGCAGGAUUCGUUGCCUCCACAGCUCUCUCAGCCAGCCCUGCAGGUUCACAGCCUGCCUGCUCAGCUCCCAGAGAACAGCACACUGACCUAG